CGGUGGCCCAGAUUUAGAGGCUUUCUCUACUAUAAGAGCCGCAUUUUUCUUCUAAAAUUAACACAUCUUCGUCAUUCAUCGGCUCUCAAUAAAACACACUCUCUAUUCCAUUCACCUGUCAAAAUUUUCUUCCUUAAUAUUCUCCCAAACUGUGAGAUUCAAAACAAAGCUCAGGUCACUCAUUUGGUUUUUUCUUACCGAAACGUUUCUCAUUCUUUUUGGUUAAAUUUUUCGAACGAUUAAUGGAAGAUUAAAAUAAUGGUGUAUGUGAUGUGUAUAUUGCAACAGAAUCAAUACUCAUUUUAAUGGGUGAGUUUUGUUCUUCCAUUUCCAGUUUUGAAGAAAAAACUGGUUUUGAACAGUGUGUUCCAUAUUUUUGGUUGUAAAUACAGAUUCGAAUAGCAUACUGGAGUUGUGGUAUUUUUAUCUUUAGUCCAAUUAGUAAUCGAGAUCUGGUCAACAUCAAUAUUCUUUUAUUUGUUCUUUAAAUUGAAUGUCUCGUAACUAUCACAUUAAGACACCAUACACAGAGAAUUGCUAAUAUAUACCAUUAUUAGCCUUCCAUUUGUCAUGGCGAAGACCGAGCACAUGGUUGUUUCUCAAUCAGAAGUGAGUUAUCAAAAUGGAAAUGAUUCAUGCUCUACACAAAUUACUUCAGAGCAGACAAACAAAUUUGGUGCUGAAUGUGCACAUAGCGAGCCACCUGAACUUCAAGGUUUGCCUUAUUCUGAAGGAUUGCAAAAUAAGUCUCAAGAGAUUAAUACUCCAGUAACCAACUUUCACACUAACGAGGGAUUUUCUAGAGAUGUGAGCAAUUGUAGUGAAACAAAUAAUUUUUCAUGCUCUCAGCAAAUUCUGUCAGUGCCGAAGAAUGAAUUUGCUGCUGAAUGCAUGCCCAUUGAAAAAUUAGAAGUAGAGCCUCAUUUAGAUUCUGAAAUCAUACUUGAGAAAUUCAAAGAAACCAACACUGUCAUGUGCAGUCCUGUUGAUAAUGAAAACUUGCAAGCAGUUACUGAAAGUGUUAGCAAGGGUAGUCAGACUGAUGCUAAACAGACACUUAAGUUUGGUUUGGGACGUGGGUGUGAUGAUUUCACUGCAGAAUCUAUAUGUAGUGGAUUACUGGAACAGAAACACCAGCUUGGUUUUGGAAUCAUGCGGCAUGAAUUAGAAGACACUGAUGCCAUGAUAACCAAUGGUGCUGUUAAUGAAACUUUGCAACGACUUGCCGGGGAUGUCACCAAGAUUUAUCAUACUGAAGGUGUGAACAUGAGUAGUCAGACUGGAGAAAAUUCAUGUUCUCAACAACCUACAUCAGAAAAGGCACUGGAGCUGACUGCUGGAAUCACAAGCUGUGAUCAAUCUGAAGUAAUUUAUAAAGAUAGUUCUGAACUUCUGAACCAAAGUUCUACUAUUGAACAUUUAAAACAACCUGAUGUUCCUAUUAAGAUUCCUGAUGUUGAACAUUUGGAACCAUCUUGUGAUGACCUGGUUAAAAAUUCAUGUCAUUCACAGACACCACCUAAAGAUGUGGUAAAGAACUCUAGUUGCUUGGACUGCAAGGGCAAAAAAGCUUCAAAAUCAUUAAAGAAAAAAUAUAUGUUAGGAUCUUUAAGAUGCAGUGAUAGAGUUCUUCGCUCAAGGUCACAAGAGAAACCUAAAGCACCUGAGCCAAGUAACAACUUGGCUGAUGUUAGUUCUAGUGGAGGCAAAAAAAUAAAUCAGAAGAGAAGAAAGAAGAAGAUAGUAGCUGAUGAAUAUUCAAGAAUCAGGAGACAUCUAGGUUAUUUGUUGAACAGAAUUAACUAUGAACAAAGUCUGAUCUCUGCAUAUUCUGGGGAAGGCUGGAAAGGAUUGAAUGUUGAAAAAUUAAAGCCAGAGAAGGAACUUAAACGAGCCACAUCUGAAAUUCUUCGACUAAAAUUGAAAAUUAGAGAUUUAUUUCAACAUCUGGAUUCACUUUGUGCUGAAGGGCAGUUUCCAGAAUCUUUAUUUGAUUCUGAUGGACAGAUUGACAGUGAAGAUAUAUUCUGUGCAAAAUGUGGGUCCAAAGACUUGUCUACUGACAAUGAUAUCAUACUAUGUGAUGGUGCCUGUGAUCGCGGAUUCCACCAAUUCUGCCUGGAACCACCUUUGUUAAAAGAAGAUAUUCCUCCUGAUGAUGAGGGUUGGUUGUGCCCUGGAUGUGAUUGCAAGGUUGACUGCAUUGACUCAGUCAAUGAGUCACAGGGAACAAAUCUUUUUAUCACUGACAAUUGGGAGAAGGUUUUUCCUGAAGCAGCUGCAGCUGGACAUGAUCAAGAUCCCAACUUUGGACUUCCUUCAGAUGACUCUGUUGAUGCUGAUUAUGAUCCUGAUGAUCUGCAAACUAAUGAGAAGGAUCAGGGAGAUGAAUCAAGUUCUGAUAAAUCUGACUACUUCUCUGCUUCUGAUGAAGUGGAGCCCUUAGCUAAUAACAACUGCUUGGGGCUUCCUUCUGAUGAUUCAGAGGAUGAUGAAUAUGAUCCAGAUGCUCUAGUACUUGAUGAGAAAAUUACACAGGAAAGUUCUAGUUCUGAUUUUACAUCCGAUUCUGAAGAUCUUGCUGCCAUUAUUGAAGAUAACGGGUCUUCUGGAAAUGAUGAAGGUGCCACAUCUGUCAGUCCUCUCGGAGAUUCUAAUGGGCAGAUGUCAAAAUGUGGCGGAAACAAAGAAUGUUUAAAUAAUGAGCUUUUAUCCAUAUUAGAAGUGCGGCAAGAUGGUUUAGCACAUGCUUAUGAGAAAAGAAGUGUUGAAAGGUUGGACUACAAAAAGUUAUAUGAUGAAACAUAUGAAAAUGUUACUUCUGAUUCAAGUGAUUAUGAAGAUUGGACUGAUGACAUUGGGCCAAGAAAAAGGACAAAGAGGACUGCAGAAGGUUCUCCAGUGUCACCGAAUGGAAAUGCUCCUAUUCCUAGGAGUGGAAAGCAAAACAGAGAUAUAAAAGGAAACCAAAAAGAGACUGAACAAUGUCCUAACAGAGAAACUCGUCAAAAGUUGAGCUCUGAAACUACGAAGACACCACCAGCUAAAUCACAUGAACGUUCCUCUACACCUGGUUCUAGUGGUAGAGCUGAGACGUCAUCAUCUAGAAGACUGGGUGAAAGUGUGACUCAGAGUCUCUACAAGUCCUUCAAGGAAAAUCAGUAUCCCGACCGAACAGCAAAAGAAACUUUGGCAAAAGAACUCGGACUUACUUUUUCGCAGGUUAGCAAAUGGUUUGAGAAUGCUCGUUGGAAUUUCAGACAUUCAUCCUCUAUGGAUGCAAGACUAGGCAUAAGUACUUCAGAAAAGAGCACCUCCUUGCCUCUGUCAAACAAGAAACAAAGCAGAAGAGUUUCCACUGGCCGUGGAGCUGAAAAUGUAGAAUCAUCUAAGGCAGUUGUUCACGAUAUGGAUCAUAUCAGGGGAGAUCUAAUGAAUAGCAGAUUGGGGACUAAAAAAACUUAUCAAAAAAAGUCUACAGCCCCAAAACCUAGAAAUAGAAUGAGAAAGGGGAAAUUGGGUCAUCAGGCAUCAGAUCUACCAGCUGAUUCACCGGAAGCUCAAGAAUCACAGACAAGCAGCCUGACUCAGACAAGAAGAAGAAAAACCGAUGUAUGAGAAAACAAGUUUUUGAUCUACCUAGAUGAACAAUUAUGACCAUUGACCUCAUUCAAAGGUGAUAUCUUGUGAGGUGAGCAGAUGGACUGUCUUGACAGGUUACCUGCUAUUGUGAACGUAAUUCCAAGAUCAUAGGAAUUGUUGUUCUGUGCUUUUAAUCGGCUUCUUCUCGGGUUUUCCUCCUGCAGGGUAAGUUGUUUAACCUAUUGCAAGGAUGCUAAAUAUCUCUGCAAUAAUCUGUUUAAAAUCAAUCUGGCUCAUAUUCAAUUUUCAUGCUUUAUGUGGUUAUUGGAUAAAUUCUCAAAUAUGUGGACUUGUUUCAAUGGAGACCAGUGAGGCUCACGCAUUUUACAGUGUCAUUCUUUGGGUUUUGGUUGAGCUGUAGCGAAUGAUUAAUAGAUACUUUGUUUGUAGGUUAGGCUGCCUGGAUUUCCCAGGGUUGCUGCAAAAUUGUAGCCAAAAGGCAUUUAGAUGUUUAAAAAUCUAUAUUUCUGUCACAGUUCCAUGAGGUAUUACCUUAAUGUUUUAACCGAGGAAAAGAACUCAGAGCUUAAAUUUUGUUUUUA